AUGCAGCCCAGACAGCCAAUCAGGGGGCGCUGAGUUUCUGUCCAGCCAAUGAGGAGAGCAGGUUUCCGUGGCGCCCCGCCCCCGCUCCCCGUCGCCCGACCCUCAAGAACACAGACCCGGACCCCGCGCCUCGUUUCUCCCCGGCGACCGUUCGCACCCUUCCCGCUGGACAUGCCGUUCGUAGAGCUGGACACGAGCUUGCCCGCCGGCCGCGUGCCCGCGGGGCUGGAGAAGCGGCUCUGCGCGGCCACUGCCGCCAUCCUGAGCAAGCCUGAGGACCGCGUGAACGUGACGGUGCGGUCCGGCCUGGCCAUGGUGCUGAACGGCUCGGCGGAGCCCAGCGCCCAGCUGCUCGUCUCCUCCAUCGGUGUGGUGGGGACGGCCGAGGAGAACCGCGGCCACAGCGCGCGCUUCUUCGAGUUCCUCACCAAGGAGCUGGACCUGGCCGAGGACCGGAUAAUGAUCCGCUUUUUCCCCUUGGAGCGCUGGCAGAUUGGCAAGAAGGGGACAGUCGCGACCUUUUUAUGAUUGGCGUGUAGGGCAUCCAGGGCCUCUGAGCUGACAGCCCUUCCAGAGAGGCCUUCUGGCAGUGAGGGCCUGGUGGACACCAGCUUCUGGCAUCUCCGUGUGGUUCUCCUCCCCAUCCUCACAACAAAUAAAUUAAGAGAGCUU